AUGAAUUAAUCAUUUUCUUAAUUAAUAAGUGGAAUUUAAUUAAAAUAUUUAAUAAGAGAGGAAGUAGUAAAAAAUUCCACCUUGUAAUAAAUAAAUGAUUAUUUGAAAUCUGCAAUUGGUUUUAUUGAAUACAAAUACUCAAUUAAAAAUGUUGUUUCACAAUUAACUCAGAAAUUAACUAAUGCAUUUAAUACUUUAUAUGAAAAAUUAUAAUUAACUACAUUUAACUAUUAUGAGAUAGAUUUUAUUUCUAAAGGAGAAUCACUUAAACUAUAGCGUUAAGGUAAUAUAUUAUUAUAAUCCUUAGGUGUUUAAUUAGCUGAGUAAAAGAAAUACGAAGAAGCCAUUCAAAUAAAUGAUUUUUCAUUAAAAUACGAUCCUAAAGAUGCUAUUUCUUUUAUGAUAAAGGGUGAAUAAUAUAGAUAUUUAUAGCAUAUUGUUUAGAGAAUUUAAAAAAAUAUCAGGAUGCAAUCAUUUGGUACGAUAAAGCUAUAGCUAAUUAUCCUUAACAAAAAUAUAUCUUAAAUGGAAGAGGUUGAUUGAAUCUUAAUGAUAUAAUAGGUGUAUGUUUAUAUUGGCUAAAGAAAUUUGAGGAAGCUAUGAUCUGGUUUGAAAAAGUAAUCGCCAUUGAUCCAAAGGACGCUUUUUCUAUCGCAAAUAAAGGUAAAUUGAAAUUUUUGUAUAAGGCUUAUGUUUAUUGUCUUUAAAUGAAUUUGAGAAUGCAAACAUUUGGUUUGAUAAAGCGCUAGCUAUCAACCCUUAAAUAAGUUUAGCCUUAAGAAGUAAAGGUUGGUUAAAUUAUAAUUAUAUAGGUGAAUGUUUAAUUCAAUUCAAACAAUACAAAAAUGCAAUCACUUGGUUGGACAAAGCGUUAGCAAUAAAGGAUAACGAUGAUUAGGCUUUAAAUUACAAAGGUUAGUUGAAUCUUAAUUAUAUAAACAGGUUGUUGUUUAAUUAAAUUAAAAUAAUACGAGGAUGCAAUUACUUGGUUGGACAAAGCUUUAGCUAUUAAUCCUAAUGAAGCUGCUUUCUUAAGUAAUAAAGGUAGAUUUAAUGACAAUUAAAUAAUAGGUGAAUGUUUAAUUAAAUUAAAUCAAUAUGAGGCUGCCAUUACUUUUUUCGAAAAAGCACUCACUAUUGAUCAAAAUAGUGUUUCUUCAUUAAAUUACAAAGGUAGUUUGAAUCUUAAAUAUAUAAACAGGUGAAUGUUUAAUUAAAUUACAAAAGUAUAAGGAUGCAAUAAAUUGUUUGGACAAAGCUUUUAGCUAUAGAUCCUUAAUAUGUUUCUUCAUUAUCUAAUAAAGGUAAUUGAAUCUCAAACACAUAAUAGGCGUAACUUUAAUGUUUUUAAAUAAAUAUCGUGAUGCAAUCCCUUAUUUCAACAAUGCGCUCGCUAUGGAUUAUAUGGAUAUAUCAUGCCUAAAAAACAAAGGUAAUUUGAGUUCUUUUGUACCAAUAGGUUUAUGUUUAAUUAAAUUAAAUAAAUUUGAAGAGGCAAUAAAUUGGUUUGACAAAGCUUUAGCUAUUAAUCCUUCAGAUGUUUCUUCAUUAAAUAACAAAGGUAGUUGAAUCUUAAAUAUAAACAGGUGAAUGUUUAAGAAUUAUUAAAUAAAUAUGAGGACGCAAUCGCUUGGUUCGAUGGAGCAUUAGUUAUUGAUUCUAAGGAGAUAAUUUCUGUACGCAAUAAAGGUAGAUUUAAUCCUAAUUAUAUAGGAUUUGUUUAUUAACUUAAUAUUGUUGUUUUAUAUAUAAUUAAAUUUGUUUGA